AUGCAGGGUCUUGCGGGUGGUCCCGUCAAGACUCACCUGUUCCGGCUUGAACUAGAUUCACUAGAACAAGCCAUUUCCAUUGCGGAACAGGAGUACUUCAGUCUGAGACAAGCUCGCGCCAGCUCGACAUCGUAUCGUCAACCGAGACGAUAUGACAACGGAGGUCCAGAGCCGAUGGAACUCUGUUAUGUAGAGAGCGAGAAGGCUCGCUCUACAGACUACAAGAAGUUGCAGAAAUGCAACAGAUGUCAGAAGACAGGACACUACGCUUACGAGUGUAGUGCCCCUCGUCCAGUGUCUCGCAACACUGGGCGUAGUGACCGUCCACCCAUGAGAAAGGGGCAGGGACGCGGGUCCGCUGUUGGUGCAAAGACGCAACAACGGGAUGGACCGUCAAAAAACGGACAGGAUCAGUAG